GAGCCUAUUUCGUUUCCGAUUCAGUUUCUUUACAUGAGUGAGUGACGUUUUCCAUCUACAACAGUGACUGGGCAGAUGCAACUUUUCCUGCAUGAUAUUAGUUGAAGCAUACCUGUAGUCCGGCAAUGCAGAUCACAGUUAAGGCAGCCAUUGGAGCGGAGGUGACUAGCGUGCCCAUCGAGGUCGAACCGAGCUGGAUGAUCCAGAGUGUCAUCACUGAAUUUUGCCAAAGGAUUGACAUUCCCAUGACUGGAAACGUACAGAUGAAGGACGACAGUGGUCUGAUGCUCAACAAGCAUGCCAGUAUAGGCGAGGCAGGCAUCCACAAUGGCGACACCGUCUUCAUAUCGCACUCUGACCCCGAAAGCGACGACGAAGCCAUCGACGUGCGUCCCGGCCGCAGCAUGGAGAAGCCAGGCAUGUCCAAUAUUCUCAUGCUGUUUGUCGGGUUUGUGUUGGUCACCGGUAGCAUAUGUGGCAUUAUUGCCCUGGCCAUGAGAUUCACAGAGGAAAUAUGCACUGAUGAAGGGUAUGGUGCCGUGUUUGAUGCAGGCUCGUCCCAUACAAACCUUACUAUCUACAGUUGGCCGGGAGACACGAAAACAGAUGGGACCGGGAUCGUCAAACAAGAAGGAACGUGCCGGGCGUCAGGUGGAGGCAUCUCUAGCUAUGAUGACAACCCCCAAGAUGCUGGACCCUCCCUCGUCUCCUGCCUGGAUGACGCCAAACAAGUCGUGCCCAAACAGCACUACAACUUGACCUCCUUACAUCUCGGAGCAACAGCUGGAAUGAGGCUAUUAGAGAAAGCGGAGCCUAGCACCAGUGCUCUGAUCAUGGAGUCCGUGCGUCAGACCAUGGCUUCCUACCCAUUCAACUUCCACCCUGACCAGGCCACCAUCAUCUCAGGCUCAGAGGAGGGCAGCUACGGUUGGGUCUCGGCCAACUUUCUGUCGGGCACGCUCAAUCCCAGCUCGACACUUUCCAGUGCCAUUACCGCCGCGUUUUCCUCCGACCCGCCGUCCACCUUCGGGGCGCUAGACCUGGGAGGUGCCUCCACACAGAUCACGUUCAUACCUCAGGACCCUUCCUCCAUACCCCCGCAGUAUGCAGAGACAUUCAUGCUUUACGGAGUCAACUACACCAUGUACACACACAGCUACCUGUGCUAUGGUGUAAAUGAGGCCAUCCGAAGAUUCAAAGCCACCUUGGUCAAGGAUUCAGGAUAUGCCGACAUUACCGACAACCCCUGCGCUCCGAAAGGCUUCAAGGAACCCGUGGACAGCAAAUACCUCUGGGAAGUUCCCUGCAGUUCGGGGCCCCAGGCCCUGGAGGGCUGGGGGUCAGAGCUCACGCCCCCUGCAAGCGCCCAAAACACGACCUUUCAGCUGAACGGGACGGGUGACUUGGACCAGUGCCAAACUGCUGUCGGGAAGCUGUUCAAUUUCACGACUCCCUGUCUAAUAGAGCCGUGCUCGUUCAAUGGAGUUUACCAACCGAAGCCGUUUGGACAAUUUCUGGCAUUCAGCACUUACGAAAAGCUGAUCAGUGGUCUUGGCCUUCCAAAGAAUGCCACUAUUCUGCAAAUUCAGAGCACGAUGAAAUCUUUCUGUGCUAAAACAUAUGACGAGAUCAAAAAGAUGUCGGGUAACACCCAGUUCCUUGUGCUAUACUGCUUUGAGAUCAACUUCGUCUUAACUUUGCUUCGUGAAGGCUACCACUUUGAUACAGACACUUGGAAGAUAUCGUUCACCGGAGAGGUCAGAGGUCAAGAGUUAGGCUGGUCGCUAGGCUUCAUGAUCAACGCCACCAACAUGAUCCCGAGCGAAGCCGCGUGCACAGAGUUCACCAGGUCCGGGUUCUACAUAGGUAUAGCCAUCCUCAUUGCUGCCUUCGUCAUAGGUUUCAUUCUGCUGGUGUGCGGGAUCUACAGAUGCACGCGGCCCAAACAGCAAGGCGGGUACGAAGAACUCAACCCAGACUUUGCUCACGGAGGACACAAGUAUGGCACAGUGUGAUCGCUAGUAGAAACUCUAGGUUUUUUUUACCGUUUUAACCCAUUACAGUGGUGAAUCUAUUGGGAGGGGCUGCUAAAAAAAGCGAAAUAACUUAAAAAAAAAAAACAAUACCAGACAACUGAUGAUCCCCCUCUUGACAGCUAAGCCCUCCUCUUGAGACAAACCUCCAUCUGCUCAUGCAUUAGUUCCUGUUCAGCAACACAAAGCCCAGCCUGUUACUUCCUGUACCGCUCCAAACUACGCCAGCACCCUAUGGUUUUAUGGAAUCAUCACUGAAUAAAUACCGUGUAAUACAAUGUAAUACAAUGUAAUACAAUGUAGUACAGUGUAAUACAAUGUAAUGGGUAUAGCCCUUUAGUAACCAUGACAACCAGCAUUUCCAACCUUCUGUCCAAUAUCAGUACUUGAGAAUUGAAAGUUUUUCAAUAAAUUGAAUCCUACCGUUCAGGGCACAGAGCUUUCAAAAUAUAACAUUUUGUAGUAAAGUUAGAAAAUCGAAAACUGAAGUCACAGAAUUUCACAGGAGAUUGUUGGCAUACAGCAUUGUAUACUGAGAAAUGUGUGAUUUACUGUUUCUAGUUUAAAAGUCCGGGGCCUUUGCUGGAGGCAAAAUAAAAUGUCAUUAAAUUAAUUGUGAAAUGUUAUUGGCAAUAAUCCUUAAAGGUAGAGUACAUCAUUUCUACAAAGCUAUCCACAAAGUAACUGAGGAAAUUAUUGUUGAAAAGCAUACUUGGUUUAAAGAUAGUAAUGGCACUAAACUCCCGGUGAAAUUAUUCUUUCAGGCAUGCUGUCA